UCUUCUUCUGGGGGGGGGGGGGGCGGCUCAGAGCUGCCCCACUCACUCUGGGGAUGCCCAGCACCAUAUCCUCACCCAGGGUGUCUCGGGGAGGGGAAUCUUUGGACCCUUUUUUGCCCUCUGCAAAUACCCUGCCAUGCUGGGCUGGGUUAAAGGAGUGCCGGGGAGCAUUUUGGCUGUGCCGGGGGCCUGGGAAGCCCCCAGCUGGCUCCGCUCCAGUGGGGAUGGAGUGGGCUGAUGCGGUCGAACCCCCAAAUCCAGCACAGCCAGGAGGAAACUGGUCAUGCUGUGGAGCCCUGAGCGGUGCCGCUAGGACCCAGGGCCUCUGCCUGGGCAUGAAUGCAGCCAAACCAGUUUGGAUGAGAUGAGCCACCAGUGCCGUCACCGGGGCCAUCACCAGUGCCAGGCCGCCACAGGUUCCUCCAGACCGCAGGGCGAGAGGGCCCCCCCCGAGAGGUGACGGGGACAGCGAUGGCGGCGGUGACGGGGACAGCCGGCGUCCAGGGCCUGGAGCUGAGUGAGGAGUGGCAGGACGAGGACUUCCCCGGGCCGCUCCCGGAAGAGGACACCCAGGGUCCCCCGCGGCUCAUGCGGAGGCGGCUGCCAGCGCCGGAGCUGAGCCUGGCGCUGGAGCGGACUGAGGGCGCCGAGCACUCACCCGAUGCCAGCCUUGACCUCAACCUCGACGCGCUGGAGACACCCUCGGGGAGUGAGCUGGAGGGUCCCAACGCCUUUGAGUGGGAAGAUGAGCUGCCAUGCACCUGGGGGCUUGCCGAGGGGCUGUGCCCAGCGGGCACCCGGCGGGUGCUGGACGUGGAGGAUGAGGGUGGCCAGCGCUGGAGGCUCUUCCUGGGCGAGCGGCUGGAGCAGAAAGUGGAUCUGAGCGCAGUGGAGCCCUACACCCGGGUCCUCUCCCAUGCAGGGUACCACAGCGGGGGCCUCGGCGCCAUCCUGCUCUUCGCCGCCUGCCACCUCCCGGACAGCAGCAUCCCCCAAUAUGACUACGUGAUGGAGCACCUGCUCAGGUACAUCGCAGGCACCCUAGAGGUGACGGUGGCCGACCGCUACGUGCUGGUGUGCCUGAGCGGGGCCACAGCGCGCGGGCAGAUCCCCUCCUUCGGCUGGAUGAAGCAGUGCUACCAGGCUGUGGAUCGGCGGCUCCGGAAGAGCCUCCAGGCUGUGAUCAUCGUCCACCCUACCUGGUACAUCAAGGCGCUCGUGGCUCUCUCACGGCCCUUUCUCAGCCCCACGUUCAGUGGCAAGGUCCGGUUCGCCACCAGGCUGCAGGAGCUCACGCAGCUCAUCCCCCUGGAGCCAGCACUCAUCCCCGAGCCUGUCCGGCGACUAGAGCCGGGCUGGGACGGCUGCCAGGACGUGCUGCAGUGAUGGAAAGGUGCUACCAGGACCGGUCCUGGGGGGAUGCACAGUGGUGGUGUGGCAGGAGCUCUCCCUGUGCUGAAAGCAAUGGCCGAACACCUGCAGGGGAAUAAAGGACGUGGACACAAGCGCAGU